CUCGAACAAAUCUUCAUCUUUCAUUUCUACUUUGCCAGAUUUUUUCUUUUACAUUAUUGAAUCUAAUUAUCUAAAUUGGAUAUUUCUUUCUUUAUUUGUAAAUUAUGAAAAUUUUUUCUUAAUGAUAAGUUGGAACGAUGGCGCCUUGCCCUUGAGACCAAAGGAUUCAGAAUAAGUAGGAACAAGACAGAAUACAUGGAAUGUCAUUUCAGCGGCCGGGAAACGGAAUCAGAAGUGGAAGUUAAGAUUGACUCUCACCUAGUGCCUAAGGUGGACAAGUUUCGGUAUCUUGGCUCGGUAGUUCAGGCUGAUGUGGAGUUAGACGGGGAUGUUGGGCCUCGUGUUGGAGUGGCUUGGGCUAAAUGGUGGUUGGCUUCAGGGGUGUUGUGUGAUCCGAAGAUUUCACCCAAGAUGAAAGGUAAGUUCUACCGGUCCGUAGUCAGACCUGCUAUGUUAUAUGGGGUAGAGUGUUGGACAGUUAAGAUGACUCAUGUGCGUCGUCUGCAUGAGGCAGAGAUGCGGAUGUUACGAUGGAUGUGUGGGAAGACAAGGUUGGAUAUGAUUUCGAACGAAGUUAUCCGACGUCAGGUAGGCAUGGCGCCGGUGGAAGAUAAGCUGCGGGAAGCGAGGUUGAGAUGGUUUGGUCAUGUGAGACGGCGGAAUACGGACGCCCCUGUACGGAGAUGCGAGAGGAUUACGGUCAUCGGGGGAAGUAGGGGUAGGGGUAGACCUAGGAAGAAUUGGAAUGAGGUGAUUAGGCAGGAUUUAGGACUUCUCGCCCUGACUGAGGAUAUGGCUUUAGAUAGGAACCUUUGGAGAACUAGGAUUAGAAUAGCUGGUUGGAGCCGGGGGUCUCUUGGAAACAGCCUUCCUACUUCCGAGUAGGGGCAAGAAGAAUAGGGAAUUGAAUUCACUUUUUUUUUAAGAUUGUGAUUUUUGAAUAUGUGAAUAUAAUUAGGUUAUGUUU